CAUGUUUGUCGAGCCGCUUGUAUAAAUGGAUGUCCUACCCAUAACUCGAAUGCGCCCAAGCCCUACUUUGAAUUCUCUUAAAAAUGGCCUCUACUUUUUCGUUCCCAAUCAUGAUGAUUAACCACGAAUCACCAGAGUUUGAUAAUCUUCUGGACCUGCCUCCCCCAGAAAAAGAGCCGCAGCCACGCGACAAGCAACAAGCAGUGGCAGCGAUAAGAAAAGACGCUGGGCAGACUAGCAAGCUCGGUCCACGUAUUGAACAAUGCCACAGAGAGAUGAAGAAGGUUACGGGAAUGAUUUCCGACCGCUUGAAGGAGGCGAAUAGGAAGGCAGCGGAUGAUCAGCGUCGGAUUGAAGAGUUGCAAUCACUUCUUGCAGAUGCUAGAGGUACUGCGGAACGGUCAAACCGUAGGGCGGGUGCCCAGGAAAACGAGGUCAGGGAUCUGCGGCGUCAGCUAGAAGAUCUUCAGAGAGAGCGCGCUCAAGAAUCCAUGACUCAAUUCCACCUUGCUAGGACUGAGCAACAGGCGGAUGGUCUGAGGGAGGAGAAGGAGAAGCAGGCGAAGGAGCUAGAAGCGCUGAGAGCUGCAUUGGAAGAUUCCCGGAAGAAAGAGAUCAGCCGGACCAAGCAGAUUGAAGACGCGCAAAGACUGCAUCGCAGGGCGACUAACGACCGCACUCAGGUGCUAGAAAUUCUUGAAACUAGACUCGAUGAGGCGAGAAGGGAGGUGCUGGACGUUAGAAAGCAGAUGGAGGAGUUGCUGCUCGAGACUGAGAGAAGAAUCAGCGAGGCAGAGAACAGAGGCCGGCAACUGCAGCUUAGAGACCUUCGAGCACUGUCGCCCAAGGCCAUGUUCGCAUUUCUUGGAUUCCAGCAACCGCGUCUCUGGUGGAUGGGAUCAAAUUAG